UGGAGGCCACGGAAGGAGUGUUGUAUGGCAUUGAAGCUCGUCUGGAGGUUUGUUAACACAGUGUCCAAAGAAGGGCCAGAAGUAUACAGAAUGGUGUCGUCUGCAUAGAGGUGGAUUAGAGAAUCACCAGCAGCAAGAGCGACAUCACUGAUAUAUACAGAGAAAAGAGUCGGCCUGAGAAUUGAACCCUGUGGCACCCCCAUAGAGACUGCCAGAGGUCCGGACAACAGGCUCUCCAAUUUGACACACUGAACUCUAUCUGAGAAGUAGUUGGUGAACCAGGCGAGGCAGUCAUUUGAGAAACCAAGGCUGUUGAUGUAACGGAUGUGAAAUGGCUAGCUAGUUAGCGGGUACGCGCUAGUAGCAUUUCAAUCAGUUACGUCACUUGCUCUGAGACUUUAAGUAGGGUUGCCCCUUGCUCUGCAAGGGCCGCGGCCUUUGUGGAGCGAUGGGUAACGAUGCUUCGUGGGCGACCGUUGUUGAUGUGUGCAGAAGGUCCCAGGUUCGCGCCCGUGUCGGGGCGAGGGGACGACGUAAAGUUAUACUGUUACAUUGAGUCUGCCGAUAAGAAUGCGGUGAUUGACAGAGUCAAAAGACUUGGCCAGUUCGAUGAAGACGGCUGCUCAGUACUGUCUUUUAUCGAUGGCGGUUAUGAUAUCGUUUAGGACCUUGAGUCUGGCUGAGGUGCACCCAUGACCAGCUCGGAAACCAGAUUGCAUAGCGGAAAAGGUACGGUGGGAUUCGAAAUGGUCGGUGAUCUGUUUAUUAACUUGGCUUUCGAAGACUUUAGAAGGGCAGGACAGGAUGGAUAUAGGUCUAUGUAGAAUGUAGAAACUAGUAAAAAAUAAUGAAAAACCCAUGAAUGAGUAGGUGUCCAAACUUUUGACUGGACCUGAAUAUACAAAAGUAUCUGAACCACCCUUCAAAUUAAUGGAUUUGGCUAUUUCAGCCACACUCGUUUCUGACAGGUGUAUAAAAUCGAGCACACAGCCGUGCAAUCUCAAUAGAAACUGGCAGUAGAAUAGCCUUACUGAAGAGCUCAGUGACUUUCAACAUGGCACCGUCAUAGGGUUCCAUCUUUCCAACAAGUCAGUUAGUCAAAUUUCUGCCCUGCUAGAGCUGCCCCGGUCAACUGUAAGUGUUGUUAUUGUGAAGUGGAAACAUCUAGGAGCAACAAUGGCUCAGCCGCGAAGUGGUAGGCCACACAAGCUCACAGGACGGGAAUGCCAAGUGCUGAAGCGUGUAGCUCGUAAAAAUCGUCUGCCCAAGGUUGCAACACUCACUACUGAGUUCCAAACAGCCUCUGGAAGCAACAUCAGCACAAUAACUGUUUGUCCCGAGCAGCCGCACACAAGCCUAAGAUCACCAUGCGCAAUGCCAAGCAUCAGCUGAAGUGAUGUAAAGCUUGCCACCAUUGGACUCUGGAGCAGUGGAAACAUGUUCUCUGGAGGGAUGAAUCACGCUUCACCAUCUAGCAGUCUGACGCAUGAAUCUGGGUUUGGCGGAUGCCAGGAGAACGCUACCUGCCCUAAUGCAUAGUGCCGACUGUAAAGUUUGGUGGAGGAGGAAUAAUGGUCUGGGGCUGUUUUUCAUGAUUAAGGCUAGGCCACUUAGUUCCAGUGAAGGUAAAUAUUAAUGCUACCGCAUACAAUGAUAUUCUAUACAAUUCUGUGCUUCCAACUUUGUGGCAACAGUUUGGGGAAGCCCCUUUCCUGUUUCAGAAAGACAAUGCCCCUGUCCACAAAGCAAGGUCAAUACAGAAAUAGUUUAUUGAGAUCGGUGUGUAAGAACUUGACUGGCCUGCACAGAGCCCUGACCUCAAACCCAUCGAACACCUUUGGGAGGAAUUGGAACAUCGACUGCGAGCCAGGUCAAAAAAUGAUGGAUAGAGGACUAUUUUUGGCCAAUUUUGAUGGCGAUGAAAUAUAACACAUUUUAGUGCGUCCUCCGGACAUCGUUUGAAGACCGAAUGCGCGAAUGCGGUCCGCGGGGCAAAAUGAGUUUGACACCCUGAGUUAGAAAGACAGUUUGUGAGCCUGUGUCCCAGACUCCCAGGAUCAGAGAAAGAGUGACUGUGAUGGAGUUUUCUACAAUGAUCAUAUUCAUUUUAACGGAAUCAUAGUUUCCCUGUCAGCUGGGUAUACCUACUGAUUAAAUAAUGGGUAUAGCAAAUACGAGAACCUAACAUCGACAAUAACCAGUAGAUGUCGCUAAUAGAUCAUGUCAAAGACAGAAUUACCCAAUUUCAUCACAGAGCCAGUAUGUUCGCAAUGUCUACUACACACAAUGUCAUUAACUGUAACAUUUAUGUCUUCAAUGUCUAUAAAACGAGGAAUUAAUCAAAAGUAAAUUCAAAUAUCGACCAUGUGUAGGUAAAGUAACAUCACAGUUGUAAAACAUUUAACUCCAAAGGUGGCUGUUUUACAAUUAACUAAGGAUGUAUUCAUUAUCUGCAAUUAUUCAGGAUACAGUUUAAAUAUUAUGUAUCAUUAACUGUCCAGUAGCCUACAGAAGACCCUUAGUAACCAAACUGCACUUCCGUUUUUAAAUCAAAACUCAUCCUUCUUACAAUUCAUGAAUGCACAACGUAUUCAAUGACAGUCAGAAGCCAAUUUAUUUCUGAUUAAUAAGGUAAAAAAUAUUACAUAGAAUAUUCAGUGUAAUUACAUUCUGUUUGUUUUCACUGAUUUAACACAUUUUUCCUAUAUAUGCACUCAUACAGUGAGCCGUAGAAAUAAAGGUGAAACCUGUAAAUCACGGAGCCAAUCAGCGACCUGCAAUUUGUUUAGGGCUAUUAAAACUCAAGGCGGUCUUUUCUGUCUUUCCCUCAGUAUGUUCUGAUCGGUCUCUCCGCCGUUAUGGGAUUAUUAUCACACAUCGACAGGAUCUGAAUGAAUGUGGAAACAUAAAGGCUACUUUUGCAAAUGAAGUCUUGGGUUUACAUGUUUAGAUAGCAGUUCCUCUCAAAGCCAUCUGUACAGACAUCGCAAUAACGUGUAAGAGGUUUGGGUACCAUAUGAGAACAGUGGAGCUGAUCACUCAAGCUGUACUGCGGAGUACACCAAGACCAAGGUAAUUGUACUGCUUUUGCUAAUACUUCUUCAUGAAUGAAUGGCCACUGUUCUUUUAUUUUUAUGAGUUUAUAAUGCAGUAUUUUAUAUUGUAAAUUCAAAGUCAGCUGAGUGAGAUCACACCAAUAUGUAAAGGAUUCACAGGAAUGACAGCCAGCAAGAAAUGUAAUACAGUAAUCCUUUGUGGGAAUUUAUUAACAGGGACACUUUACAAUGCCAGUACUACCAAGUCAGGAGAUUGCCACCAGAUUCAAGGAGAAAUGGAUGAAGCUUCACCCAGAAGACCAAGACAAUGUGAAUGGUUCAGUGCACCUGGAUGACAGUCUCACCAGCCUCCAAUGGCUCCAGGACUUCACCAUAGUCAGUGGGAGUCUAGAAAGCCUACCGGGCUCCACUUGCCAGCCGUACCAGCUGCCUCAGCCCAGCCACCUGCACCCUCAGGGCUCCGACUCCCCCUCCAGUCCACCUGCUGGGGACACUGCAGCCUCCGGCAUGCCUCAGAGUGCAGGCAGCCCCAUCACCUCCAGUGCCUCAGCCAACAGGACUAGUUACUACUCCCUUCACCCGACAGUGACCAACAACCACCACCAGAUCACUGUGCCAGGCAAGUCCCUGGAGGACGUAGACUUCAAGACCAACCACGAGGUGAAGCCUCCCUACUCUUACGCCACACUGAUCUGCAUGGCCAUGCAGGCCGGCAAGAAGAACAAGAUCACACUGUCUGCUAUCUAUCACUGGAUCACAGAGAACUUCUGCUACUACAGACAUGCUGAGACCAGCUGGCAGAACUCUAUCCGUCAUAACCUGUCACUCAACAAGUGCUUCAUGAAGGUUCCCAGGCAGAAGAAUGAACCAGGAAAAGGGGGAUUCUGGCAGAUUGACCCUCAGUACGCAGACAUGUUUGUCAAUGGAGUCUUCAAGCGCAGGCGGAUUCCAGCCAUCCAUUUCAACACCCAGAGACACAGCAAAACCCAAGGAUCAUCCCGUAACCGAAAAACCCAGGAGUACCACCAGCAUUUCCCCCAGGCCCACUACACAGUGUCCCACAGAGGGGCAGGUGCUGGGAACAGACGCAAACUUAGUGGCACAAAGUGGGAGACAGUCCAUAAGUCACCACUGUUGACACCGGAUCUCAUGGAACCAGAGGCACCGAAGGGUGAACUCGACUGGGCCAUGGUGUUUGACGAUGUUCUGAAUGGGAGCAGCAAUAACUUUGAGGAUCUAGACAUUAACCUAGCUCUGAACUCCCUGGGCUGUAAGGUGGAGCUCUCCCAGCAGGAUCAAGGCCGGGGCUGGCACCUGGGGAGGUGGUGCAGUGGAGGGGCUGACCGGGACCACCAGCAGGCCUGCAGGUACAUGGAGGUGACCACCAUGGGCUGCUACAGCAUGGAGGAGAUCCAGCAGCACUUCAACCCGACUGGGCUGCAGCAGCCGCUCCCUUUGGCGGUCCAACCACAGCACUUUGAGGAGCUGACACUGUUCCCUGAUGAGCAGCAGAGGCACCCCUGGGAGGAGCUGAAAGAGGAGGUGCAGGCAGUGCCUAUCACCCUGGACCAUAGUCUCAGCUUCUGUGAAGGCUUCUUCACGGAGAUGCAGCCAUGGGGGACAGCAGAGUCUUAUAUGUGACACCCUCACCCAGCACCAGCCCCAAUACUGAACAAGCACUGCAGCAGGAGGCCAGAGGACCUAUAGACUACUGUUUUGCUACAUUAGCAGUAUGGAUUCAUUCAGAGAAACAUAUGGUAAUUGAUUUUUUUUUUUUUAUCUGAGUCACAUUUACUGUGUUUUUUAUGUGCAUUUUAUAUUUGCUUUUUGAUUGUUUGCAUCUAUGAAAUAAACAUGCUGCUUUCAUUGUAGCAUUGAAUGUCUGUUAUAGAACAAAAUCAAUCUAUCCUAAUUAGCAACCACUUCAUUCCAAAAAUCUAUACACUAAAAUCUAUACACCAGUCAAUAGUUUUAGAACACCUACUCAUUCAAAGGUUUUUCUUUAUUUUUCGCUAUUUUCUACACUGUAGAAUAAUAGUAAAGACAUCAAAACUAUGAAAUAACACAUAUGGAAUCAUGUAGUAACCAAAAAAGUGUUCAACAAAUCAAAAUAUAUUUUACAUUUUAAAUUCUUCAAAUAGCCACCCUUUGCCUUGAUGGCAGAUUUGCACACUCUUGGCAUUCUCUCAACCAGCUUCAUGAGGUAGUCACCUGGAAUGCAUUUCAAUUAACAGGCGUGCCUUCUUAAAAGUUAAUUUGUGGAAUUUCUUUCCUUCUUAAUGCGUUUGAGCCAAUCAGUUGUGUUGUGACAAGGUAAGGGUGGUAUACAGAAGAUAGCCCUAUUUGAUAAAAGACCAAGUCCAUAUUAUGGCAAGAACAGCUCAAAUAAGCAAAGAGAAAUGACAGUCCAUCAUUACUUUAAGACAUGAAGAUCAGUCAAUCUGGAAAAUGUCAAGAACUUUGAAAGUUUCUUCAAGUGCAGUAGCAAAAACCAUCAAGCGCUAUGAUGAAACUGGCUCUCAUGAGGACCACCACAGGAAUGGAAGACCUAGAGUUACCUCUGGUGCAGAGGAUAAGUUCAUUAGAGUUACCAGCCUCGGAAAUUGCAGCCCAAAUAAAUGCUUCACAGAGUUCAAGUAACAGACACAUCUCAACAUCAACUGUUCAGAGGAGACUGUGUGAAUCAGGCCUUCAUGCACGAAUUGCUGCAAAGAAACCACCACUAAAGGACACCAAUAAGAACCAACUUGCUUGGGCCAAGAAACAUGAGCAAUGGACAUUAGACAAGUGGAAAUUUGAUAUUUUACACACACAUGAAGGAUAAACAAUAAUUUCUGAUGAAAAAACAAACAAGCGUUUUGGAACUCUUCACAUAUUAAUCUAAUUUCAUAAUCAGUGUUUUGUGGGCAAUCAGAUCAGACAUAAUGCAAGAGAGAGUUGUGCCGGGACAGUUUUCUGGCUGUCCAACCGGCUGCAUUGUGCUCUGAAAGUCUUCAACUGUAAAACUUUAUGAUGAUUUUUUAUAUUCUUUCCAUUAGUAGAUAUUCUAAAAAGGGCUCAGGAUGACCUAACAUUAGUAUAGCCAUGGUUGUAAGGGUAUGUUAUGUACAUGAUGUUUUAUGUAUGAUUCAAGUAAUACAGUUAAAAUACGAAAAUACUGAAUAACUUUUUCAGCAUAGAUGGUCAUUUCUUUGGCAGUAAGUUUAUCUAAACGUACAUGUGAUGAAUGGGGUGAUGAAUUAUUGAAUUAUUCAUUAAAAGGCUGUAAAUAAUGCAUCAAUUAAAUAAAUACAGUGGACUUAAAAAUAAA